AAUCCGCCACCAACACUACGCGUUUUUAGCCGAUGGUUCAAACCUCUAGCACAACUCAACAGUACACACAUACCUGUCUGCUUAUUUUAUUAUGGUUUGAUACAACCACACCAGCAAAAUUUAUCCAUGAAGAAAAGGCAAGCCUGUGCACGUACCAUCACAUGCCAAAAGCAACUGAGAAAAGACAUUCAUAACCCACCAAAAACAAGUCGCCCCUUUCUUUCUUCUUGAAUUUGCAGCGAACAGACCUGGUAAACCAAUUGCCAUGCUUUAACUUUGAUCAAGAUCUUGACUUUCUGUUUUUCUACCCAAUUUGUUUUCAAGGGCAGGGCUCGUUUUGUUCAUUUGUUACUGUUUUUUGGAUCGUUGAAUCUUGAGUUUUUCUUUGUUGGUCAUUAUUCCUCGAUCUAUUAAGUUGGUGUUUUUGUUUGCUGUUGUACUAAUAGUGGAUUUAGUCACUGAUCAAGAAGGUUUGGCUGUUCUGGGAUUCUUUAUUUGUUGUAUUUUGCUGAAAAACUCUGGUAUUUGCUGUGAUUUGUCGACUAAAGGUCAAUCGUUUUGUAUUUGCAAUUCGACAGAUGUUUUAGAAAAGCAGAUAAUUUCAAGAAUUUUUGUGAUAGUUGGUUGACUUUUGAUUCUAUUUGCUGAUAUUUUUCCAUAAGCGGAUGGUGUUCGAGUUUUCAUAGUGAUCAUAUUGUUAGUAAUUUGAAGUUCAAAUCAGUUGUGUUGUGUUGGUAGAGCCUGUGGGACUAGAUCUUGAUGUUGAGAUUAGUUGGGGUGGUUAGAAGUGAUUGAGUGCGGGAUAGAUGGGUAAUACUUGUGUAGGACCGAGCAUUUCCACGAAUGGUUUUUUCCAAUCUGUAUCCGCUGCAAUGUGGCGGACUCGAUCGCCAGAUGAUUCAAUGUCUCAGACUAAUGGAGAGUCUGUCCAUGAACUUGAGGCAGUAUCUAGAGAAUCUGAACCGCCUUUGCCAGUUCAGAGCAAACCCCCGGAACAGGUGACCAUCCCAAAACCCGAAGCACCAGAGAAAUCGGAAAAAUCUGAUGAGCCUGCAAAGCCUAAGAAGCCCCCUCAAGUGAAAAGGGUGUCUAGUGCUGGGCUUAGAACUGAAUCUGUUUUAAAAACUAAAGCUGGUAAUCUGAAAGAGUUCUUUAGUUUGGGAAAGAAACUAGGACAAGGUCAAUUUGGGACAACAUUUCUAUGCGUGGAGAAAGCGACAAAGAAAGAAUUUGCAUGCAAAUCGAUUGCUAAGAGGAAGUUGUUAACUGAUGAGGAUGUUGAGGAUGUAAGAAGGGAAAUCUCGAUAAUGCACCAUUUGGCUGGCCACCCAAAUGUUAUAUCUAUUAAAGGGGCUUAUGAGGAUGCGAUGGCGGUUCAUGUUGUUAUGGAGUUAUGUGCUGGUGGUGAGCUCUUUGAUAGGAUUAUUAAGCGCGGGCAUUAUACCGAAAGAAAGGCAGCUGAGCUUACUCGAACUAUAGUUGGAGUGGUUGAAGCUUGUCAUUCACUGGGUGUGAUGCAUCGAGACCUCAAACCAGAGAAUUUUCUGUUUGUUAACCACAAAGAGGACUCACUUCUAAAAACAAUUGACUUCGGUUUGUCAAUAUUCUUCAAGCCAGGGGAGAGAUUUCACGAUGUGGUUGGGAGUCCGUACUAUGUUGCUCCUGAGGUUCUGAAAAAGCGUUAUGGUCCUGAAGCAGAUGUUUGGAGUGCCGGAGUCAUCAUUUACAUUUUGUUAAGUGGAGUUCCUCCCUUUUGGGCUGAGACCGAGCAGGAGAUAUUUGAACAGGUCCUGCAUGGUGAUCUUGACUUUUCAUCAGACCCUUGGCCUAGUAUAUCUGAAAGUGCCAAGGAUUUAGUGAGGAGAAUGCUUGUUCGAGACCCCAGAAGGCGUUUAACGGCACAUGAAGUUCUGUGCCAUCCUUGGGUGCAAGAAGAUGGUGUAGCUCCUGACAAGCCUCUGGAUUCAGCUGUAUUGAGUCGUCUGAAGCAAUUUUCUGCUAUGAAUAAGCUAAAGAAAAUGGCUCUUAGAAUCAUUGCAGAGACGCUAUCUGAAGAAGAAAUAGCUGGCUUAAAGGAGAUGUUCAAGAUGUUAGACUCUGAUGGCAGUGGUCAAAUCACUUUUGAAGAACUCAAGGCUGGAUUGAAAAGAGUUGGAGCUAAUCUUAAGGAAUCUGAAAUUUAUGAUCUGAUGCAAGCAGCUGAUGUAGACAAUAGUGGCACAAUUGAUUAUGGAGAGUUCAUUGCUGCCACGCUUCAUCUAAACAAAAUUGAGAGACAGGAUCAUCUAUUUGCAGCUUUCUCAUACUUUGAUAAGGAUGGAAGUGGCUACAUUACUCCAGAUGAGCUUCAGCAAGCUUGUGAGGAGUUUGGAAUUGAGGAUGUUCGCUUGGAAGAAAUGAUCAAAGAAGUUGAUCAGGACAAUGAUGGACGCAUAGAUUACAACGAAUUUGUAGCCAUGAUGCAAAAGGGAAAUGUAGCAGGUCCAGCAAGGAAGGGCCUGGAGCAUAGUUUCAGCAUUAAUUUUAGAGAAGCUCUCAAACUUUAGUUGCGUAGGCAAUGGCGAGGUUCGGUUUAAUUCUCUCUUCUAUUUUUGAGGGACUACGGUGUAUAGUAAGAGCAUGGCAGCUCCACUAUGAGAAGCAAGCAGGCCCUCUGUUUACAUGGCAGUGUUUAUUUGGGUUUUCCAUUUCGAUUGGAAUCUACCUUGCAAUCUUUGUACUAGUUUUGAGGUGGAAAGAGAACUUGUAUGCUCCAUUUAUUACUUCUUCAGAACCCAAAUAUGUUGGCAGAGCAUUUUGAUGUCCUUGGAAAUGCAUUAUUUUUUCUGGGUUUUAGCA